UCUUCCUUCACUCCUGCUUUAGUUCGAUUCUAAUCAUUAUGUGUUAAACCUAUCUCUGUUUGAUUUUCCCUGGCUACAUCCAUGCUUUCUUCAUUGCUUUCACUUCAAGAUUCUUGGUUGAAAGGUUGUUUUGUUUUGCUACGAGCUUUCCAGUCUAUUUUCAUUGUUGUUUGGAGUCCUAAGUAGACAUCAUAUUGUUCUACUCAUUGCCCCAAGUUAGCCUAUGAAACUGUACUUGUAAGUGUUAAGAUCAAUUUUCGUAUUGUCGUGAUUGCACUUCAACCUUUCUUUGAUUCCCCUGCUUAAUACGUCUUCAAAAAUUAAUUUUUCUUCCUUUGGUUUGUUUCUGCUGGCAUUAUUAAAUGGAUUUGGUGUUUGGUAACAUGGAAUACCAGAAAUGCUCUUGUCAAUAUCAUUGUUCUGUAUGAAUUUAGUCGGCUAGAAUGUGAAAGAAUUUUUCUCUGUUAAAUGAAAUCGCUAGCACAUAUGUGUUGUUUUUCGAAUCCCUUUUCCUUUCUAUUUAGAGUUCCGAAAGUAUCAAAUGUCUUUGUUAUGCAUGUCUAAUUUUCUGCAUAUGAUAUCAAGUGAUAUUUUAUUUAUCUGCUACUUUAGCUCAUAUGCAGAAUGUUCAAAGAUUCACUCUUUUAGUAUAGGGAUUUAUAUUACUUUUGCUUGGUUUUGGAUUAUAUUUUGAGCAUUAUAACAUAAAAUUCUCAUUCAUCAUUUGUUCAAUACCACAAAAUGAUUGUUCCAUUACAUGAAGUUUGCUGUUAGUUAUUUUAUUUACGGGGGGAAAUUGUAUGCGGGUUUAUGGAGGAGAAAAUGGAGGAAAUAUUAAUUUAUGAGCUAGUUUAUUUAUUUUUCCCUUAUGGCAAAUCUAUUGCUUGUAUUGCCAAGAUUUUCAUACAUUUAUUUGAGUGUGAUUCUCUUUUAUGUGUGGUUUGUUUGUUUGAUCGAGUAAAUAUCAUAAUCCUUUAAAUAUGUUUUUUUCAUUAGUUGCUGCAAUUAAAUCUUGCUAAUGUAUCUUUCUUUUUUUCUGUGAACUCUUCUGGGAUCCUAUUGGACUCCACGUCCCGUUUUGCAUUCCCCCAUCGAGCCACGAGGGCUUAAUCCCCCCCGAGUUGAAUCUGACACACAAGCCUUUGAAAACAAGAAUGGUUACUAUCCCCGAUCCCUUCCUCAAAGUUUGGUGGAGGUUCAUGAACAACGAUGAUAAAAUGAUCGUUCAGAAACGCAUAGGUUACCUUCAGUCGCUGCUAGAGAUGAAUGCUUGGCCUGGCCUAAUUGGGACGAUGGUGAAAUUCUGGGAUAGUGAGAACAUGGUCUUUUGGUUCGGGGAAGUGGAGUUGACGCCAACUAUACAAAAAGUUCUUAUCAGCUAUGAAAGUGUCGCCAUGUGCAACAAAAGGAAACGACAUCCAAAUACAGAUCUCUUAUAUCCCAUAAUAUGGGAUUUUGCCAAAAUUAGAGAAAAGUUCUCAUUGGUUAAAGCUGAAUGGAUGAACAAGCUCCCUGGCCCAAAUAUACCCUUCAGAGAAUUACAUUAUCGGUUCGGGUGUGAAAGGGCUUAUGAGAAAUAUAAAUACGAGUUCCUUUCAAAAGAAAAAUGGAAUGAGAUGUGUCCCCUCACAUUUGCAAUAUGUUUGCUAGGAACGAUUGUUUUCCCUCAAGGGCCAAAAUACACUAUUCAUCCUAGUGUGUUUAUGGUCUCUCAUUCCAUCUUCUAUGAAGUUGAUUAUAAAACAUUAACAAAGUACUACACUUUAGGACCUAUGAUUCUGGCCGAUAUCUAUAGGGCGUUAGACAAAUUUCAGAGCGGAGAAUGCUUUUUUCAAGUGUGUAAUCUUAUACAACAUUUGUGGAUGAUGCGACAUUUGAUCAAGACUCAUAAUCCAAAAGAGCCAGAUCCCCUAAGGUGGUCAGAUGAGCUACACGGUCAUGAUUGGUGGUUGUAUCACAAUCGUUGCAAUAAGAUUGGAGGAGAGAUUUUUGUGUAUUCGAAGCUUCGAGGGCUGAGAGAUGAAAACGUAUAAUGGUCAAUAGAUAGUUUGGUGGUAACUAAGAGUAUGGUGGUUCGAACAGAAAAGGUCCCUUAUUUGGUAUUUGGUGGGUUAAGAGGGACUGGACCAUAUGCUCCCGUUCGAGUUUUGAGACAACUAGGAGGGAAACAAGAUUUGCCACAGAUUGCAGAUAUGAGGAAAUAUGCAACUGACCACGAGAAUGGACGAGUUGCGUUUGCUGAAGACAUGUGUAGGAUGUGGAGAUCUCGAAGAGUUUUGGGUGAACCUGUACCAAACAGGUUUUUUCAAGAAUGUUUAAGGGAGUACAAAGAAUGGUUGAAAAAGAGUCUCGCUGGAACUAUUGAGCAUGGUCCAAACUUUCCUAUCAUUAUUGCAGAUGUUGGAGCCAAUCAUCAAGUCCAACUUCACCGACAUCAAGAUAAGUUUGAUAGGAAUGAAUUAGAGCAUCAACGUCGUCACUCAGAAAAUGCCAAAGUCGUAGCUCGAUUGAAACAAGAACUACGAAGAGCCAGACAGGUCAUGGCACAGUUAGAUGAUAGCAUGGAACACCAAAUUCAGUCGAUAGAGGGGUUAAGACAUCAAGAAGGAGCUCGAUUGGAGAGAGAUCGUCUCAGGGCGAACAUAUAUGCUAUGUGGGAAGAGGUCAACAUCACCAAGAGGACCAGACUUGAUGAAGGAUAAGAGGAGGCUUGAAUUUUAUUUACCAUCCCCUGCGUGGGACUGUUUUAUUUGUACUUUGUUUUGUAAUUUAUUUUCAACACUAUUUCAUUAUUUUAUGUUUAUAAGACAUUUUGAAUGCUAUUAAUGAAGUCUUUUGGGGAUAA